UUACCUUUCCUUUAGUAAACAAACACCACUUAGUAAAGAAAAUAAAACAUUAUUCAAAAGAGAGAAUCUAUCAUCGUCAUUCUGGAGUUGGAAUCAUCGAUAUGAUGUCUGGAUCAUGACUAGUGACUCUGAAUCGGUAAAGUUCACUCCAAAAAUUGGAAAAAAAACAAAAAAAAAGGAACCGUAGCUCAUUUGCGGUUGCACCAUGGGCCAACCGCAACUCACUUGCGGUUGCACCAUGGGCCAACCGCAGCUCACAUGUGGUUGCACCAUGGACCAACCGUAACUUGCCUUAGGUUGAGCGUUUUUUUUUUAAUUUCGAUAGAGAACUGGCGACGACAAUGGCGGGAAAGGCGCCACCGGACUGGUGCGUCGAGAGGAAUUCACGAAGAAGGAAGAUGAGGGGUUCAGUUUGAGGAGUUAGGGAUUGUUUGGUUUGUUUAAAUUUUGAAAUUUUAUUGGGGGUAUAUAAGUCAUUUAUCAUUAGAGUUAGGGCGACCGUUAGCAAUUUUAAGGGCGACAUUUAGCGAUUCAGAUUAUUAAGAGCAUCUCCAUUGGAAUUGCAAUUAGAAUUGCAUAAUGACAUGACAUUCAUUUGCAAUCGCAUAAUGCAAUUGCAUUGAUGUAGAUGACAAUUGCAUCUUUGCAAGUUUGCAUAUAAUGCAAUUAUGGAAUGCAAGCCACAUCAUCUUUUUUAUUAUUAAAUUAUUCAUUAAUUUUAUUAUUUGAGUGUUUAUGUUUUAAUAAAUUAAAUAAAAAAAAUUAGUUGUAAUUGCAAGUUAAUUGCAUUGAUGUGGUGCAAUGAAAGUAAGAUGAGUUGGAUUGCAAAAAAAAUGAAGUAACAAUAAAAAAACAAAUGCAAUUGCAAAUAUCAUUGCACCAAUGGAGAUGCUCUAAGGCAUGGUUGUCAUGCCGGUGGCAUGCCACCCGGUUGAACCUAUGCCGGUCAUGAAACCGGCAUGACACCACCGAUAUGACCGGUACGAUCGACUUACGCAUUCUAAGUAAAAUGACAUCAUUUUAAUGAACUUAAUGAAUAAAAAAAUUAAUUUAUUAUUCAUUUUAUGAAUGUAAUAGCUAAAAAUUGAUGAUAUUUGUUGGAUUGUAACUAAAUUGUCCACAAAUAUGUUUUAUAUAUGAUUAAAUACAUUAGAUAUUAAUUGUUUUCACAUUUUUUUAACCGGCAUGAACCGACACAAACUGAUUAUACCACCGGUCGUACCAUUCCACUUGCCAAACCGGCACAACGGUAUAAACCGGUUUGACAACCUUGCUCUAAGGGCAGCUGGAGUUAAAAAUGAGUUCGAAAUUCCCGUAAAAAAGUGCGGGUAGUUACGUAAUUACGCGCUUCUUCUCUUCCGGGCUCCGGCUACCGGGAAACGAAAGAAGAAUAAGGAAAAUAAGAAAAGAGCAAAAUCUAAAAUUUUCAAGCAUUGAAAUCGAGAAUCGACUCGAGGGAAGAAGAAAGAAGAGCGACAAAGAAACAGAAAGAGUAGUUUCCAAUUCACCGUGACGGAGACGGAGAGGAGAGUUGAUAAUGGUGAAUUGACGCUGGCACGGCCCUUUUUUAAAGACUCGUACUCCUCAACCGCGCCAAGGCCAACCGGAGGGGGAAGCAGUGCCUAUCUGAGAGUGGAAGACUGUUCUCGCCUUCUCUAGUCAUGGCUGCAGCAGGUGGCGACAAGUUACCCAUGGAGGUGUGCAAAGGCAUCAACGGCCUCGACAAGGUGGUGCUCCGUGAAGCUCGUGGGAGUUCUGCCGAGGUGUACUUGUAUGGUGGUCAUGUAACAUCAUGGAAAAAUGACCACGGGGAGGAGUUGCUCUUCGUAAGCAGUAAGGCUGUAUUCAAACCUCCAAAGCCUAUUCGUGGUGGCAUUCCUAUAUGCUUUCCUCAAUUUGCAAGUCAUGGUGGCCUUGAAUCACAUGGUUUUGCUAGGAACAGGGUCUGGAGCAUCGAGUCUGAUCCACCUCCUUUUCCAACAAAUUCUGCCAGUAAGGCUCAUGUUGAUCUGAUUCUCAAGCCAACUGAAGAGGAUCUGAAGAUCUGGCCUCAUAGCUUUGAGUUCCGUUUGAGGGUAGCUUUGGGCCCUGGUGGAGAUCUGUUGUUGACAUCUCGUGUCAGGAAUACCAGCACAGAUGGGAAGCCUUUCUCGUUCACUUUUGCGUAUCAUACUUACUUUGCUGUAUCAGAUAUCAGUGAAGUUCGGGUGGAAGGUCUGGAGACACUUGAUUAUCUUGACAACCUACAGAGCAAGGAGCGUUUCACAGAGCAAGGAGAUGCUAUAACAUUUGAAUCUGAAAUUGACAAGAUCUACCUCAGCACCCCUACCAAGAUCGCAAUUCUGGAUCAUGAAAAGAAGAGGACGUUUGUGGUGCGCAAAGAUGGGCUCCCAGAUGCUGUUGUGUGGAAUCCAUGGGACAAAAGGGCAAAGGCGAUUGUGGAUCUCGGGGAUGAGGAGUACAAGCACAUGCUGUGCGUGGAAGCUGCAGCUGUGGAGAAGCCCAUCACGCUAAAGCCAGGGGAGGAGUGGAAAGGGAGACUGGAACUUUCUGCAGUUCCUUCCAGUUACUGUAGUGGGCAACUUGAUCCGCAGAAGGUUCUCCAGAGCAGCUGAAAUUUCCUUUUUCGAUCCAAUUCCAAAUUCUGUAAUGAAGGCGAUAUUAGUUUCUACAAAUCCUGUACAGCUAAAAACUGGUGCAAAAAUUUUCUGGGGCUCAUGCAUUCUGGUACCCGAGAUCUCUCUCAUUCUGUGGUUGGAUGUAUGGAUUGCCAUAUAUAAUGAUUUUUGUUGUUAAUGCUCCAUCGCAAUUUGGUGUUUGCGUGUGCUCGGAGUCGGCAGAUAGGCAGAGUCUAGGUGGCGGGUGGUUAGAAGUUAGGCUUGUAUGUGCGUGCUUGAUAGUUGUGCGAAGACUAGAGAGAGAUAAUGAAUUGUGAAUUGACUG